GGGAAUACCCUGAACGCCUCUAGGGCAGAGCGCAGAAGAGUUUGCAAGCAGAAGCGAAAGUGUGAAGGACGAAUCCGCACUAGAAGAAGAGAAAAGAAAGCACUCAAAGACAAGAAAGGAAGUAGAAAAGGAAACUUCGGGGCGUCACUGUUAGGUUUUGUGUCACAGCGCUUAGUUUCCUGUGCGCAUAAAGCUGCCUUCAGCUGACCUUUCGCCGCGGGGAACCCACUGACACUUCGGCCGUAAACUCAAGAGAGACACGCGCAGCCGCAGGCAUGGAGAUGGGCUUGGAGAAGAUGCAGAGCGAGGCGGAAGAGGUGAAGGUCAUCAUGCUGGACAACCUGAACAAAGUGGAUGAAAGAGGAGAAAAACUGAGCGACCUGGACGUUCGGGCUGACGAGCUGAUGGAAAAGGGCAAACUAUUUGAAAAGAAGAGCGUCCAGGUUAAGCAAAAGCAAGAGGGGAAUAACAAGAAGAUGAAAAUGGUGUUCAUAGGCAUUGGAGUGGUGGCAGGACUGGUCAUCUUGGGACUUAUAAUCUUUGCCUGUGUUUAGGACAAACAAAGUGGCUCCAUGACUCUCCAGGAAGGCUUCUAAGCUCAUGGAUAAAAGGCCAGGAAAAGAAGAGCUGAAGAUUUGGGACUUGUGAUCGUGUGUUAUUUAUGGGAGUGUCACCUCACUCUUCUGUAGAAUAAGUUUUUAUUUGAUAUGGUACCAAUAAGCACUUGCCUGCUGUGUUUCUUAAGCUGUUGUUCCUUAUUUUAAAGGCAUCUGCCCAGCACACACUCGAAAGAUAACAGAGGUUCCGAAAUGUGGAAAAAGUCUUAAAAAUGGAAUGGACCAUGUUAAAUCUCUCCACAAGAAAGAUUUUCUAAAUUUACAGCAGCAUAAAAAGUCCUUGGGCACCACCCCCUCUUAAAGGAAGAUAUAAGAAAUAUUUCUGUGCAAACAUCAUUUGACUCCUCCUGUUGUUGAAUUCAUUUCACAGAUGAUUCAGUGGAUGACAGAAGAGAAAACAGAUGCCAGAAUUUUCAAAUAACCCCGCAUUUCUAAAGGGCUCAGAAUCUAAAUGAAUAAACCGAGGACUUGUAGCUAAAAUGUUCUGCCUCUUCCUUUUGGUUUAUUUGAUUUUAUUUUAAUGUUGAGAGAGUUUAUUUUACCUUCACAUCAUGAGACUUUUUUCUUCUUGGUAUAAUUAACAACUCAAUUUACAAAAAGGCUAUUAAGUGUGACUAUAACCAUGUAAGCUAUGCUCAGAAAAAAAGUUUGUUGUUUUAUAAAUCUAAAAGCCAUCAAAUUGUGAGAAACUUUCUUAGGUUUGUUAAAGAUUAUUUGCCAAAACAGCAAAAAAUCAUAUAAAGUAGCCUAAUGUUACUAUUGAUAUAGGAUUUUAACAAAAGAAUACUGUGAAUAGAUAAAGAAAUGUUUCUAACAAGCGUUUGAAUAUGGAAUUAUCAUGUUUAAGUAACAAACAGUUAAUCUGUGGUUUUGAAAGAAACUCUCUGGGAAGACAGCGACUCCUGGUGGCAGAUGUUCUAUUUCAGGUUGCCAGCGUAGCCUGAUUACGUAACAACCAAGGUCUGCUACCAUAAAAUAAAUCUUGAUAUCUCUGAGUCAGAAAGAUCCCAGACAACCUCUGCUCCCUUCAUGGUCUGUCGGGAAAUCCCGAAACUAUUCAGGGGCCCUGAUGUGGAGCUAGACAACAACGAUAGACUUACAAGACUUAGACUUAGAUGUCUAGUUAGGGCGAUUGUCAAAGGGAUUGCAUUUGUUUACAUAUUUUACAUUGUGCCUUUUUUAUGCUUUGGAAAUUGUGAAAUUUCUUUUCCGCCGUGUCUCUGCAAUAAACAAGAGGUUUUUUUUUUGUUGUGUGCAAAACUUGUAUGUGGUUGGCCAAACAAAGCUAAAGUACAGAAAUGGUUGAACCAGAUUCCAAAAACGACUUGGAUCUGUUUUUGUCUCUGUAAAUGGGCUUGUGUGACCAGAAUUUCUAUGCGUUUUCUUGGGAUUUAUGCUGCUAUGUCAGUACAAUGGCACUUAGAUUGUAUAAAGGAGUUCAAUUUGUGGUGCUGGGGAAGGGGGGGGGGAUUUGUCAAUCAUAUCUUUGAAUAAAUUCAAUUCUUUCUCUA